GAACCCCAGACCACAGUGAUCCACAACCCAAUAGAUGGGAACAAGGAGUCUAUAGAGAGCACCAACACCACCAUCGAGGACGAGGAUGUCAAAGCUCGGAAGCAGGAAAUUAUCAAAGUCACAGAGCAGCUGAUCGAAUCCAUCAACAACGGAGACUUUGAGGCCUACGCGAAGAUCUGUGAUCCUGGUCUGACGUCGUUUGAACCAGAAGCUCUGGGGAACCUGGUAGAGGGACAUGACUUCCAUCGCUUCUACUUCGACAACGCCCUGUCUAAAGGUAACAGGCCGGUGCACACCAUCCUCCUCAACCCUCACGUCCAUCUGAUAGCGGAGAACGCUGCGUGCAUCGCCUACAUCCGCCUGAGCCAGUACAUGGACGCGGGGGGGAUGCCUCGCACCAUGCAGUCUGAGGAGACCCGCGUCUGGCAUCGCAGAGACGGAAAGUGGCAGAACAUACACUUCCACCGCUCCGGCUCGCCCAGCGUACCAUCCCAGUAA